UCCCUGCACUGCUGCUGUCAAGAUCAACAGCCAUAAUCUCCCCUGCUCAUCUCGGAUCUCGCAGCACCUUGUGUUUAUUCCCCUAUCCCUACACAGGGCUGUUCCCAUACACAAACACACAGGGUCUCCUGAAAUCACCCAGCCAUGUGCACUCCCCUCCCCCCUACACCCCCUGGAGCAAUAGCAGCCAAUCCCGGCUCUGGAAGCUGUACCAGGCAGCCCUGAGUCCCCCAUCAUGGGAUAAAGCCCACUCCCAACACCUUGUCCUAUGAGAACAAACUUCCAGGGAAAGUGAGAACAGAGAGAGAAGGUAUCAGGGUCCUCCAGAGACAAGGUGACAUUGGCUGGAAGGAGCAGCACUGUGGAUUUACCAGGGACUAGGAGCAAGAUGCCCAACAGCAGCAUCAGAUCAGAGCUCAUCACAGAGAGGGGCUGCUCAGGACCUGCCAGCAAUCUCAAUAUAGAAAACGGAGGUUUGAAUCAGCUAGGUGGAGCGUUUGUGAAUGGGCGUCCCCUGCCAGAGGUGGUGAGGCAGCGGAUUGUUGACCUGGCGCACCAGGGGGUUCGUCCCUGUGACAUCUCACGACAGCUCAGAGUCAGUCAUGGCUGUGUCAGCAAAAUUUUGGGCAGUAGGUACUAUGAGACAGGCAGUAUUCGGCCAGGCGUCAUCGGAGGUUCAAAGCCUAAGGUUGCUACCCCCAAAGUGGUGGAGAAAAUUGGAGAUUACAAACGCCAGAACCCAACAAUGUUUGCCUGGGAAAUCAGGGACCGGCUGCUGGCAGAGGGGGUGUGCGACAACGACACGGUUCCCAGUGUCAGCUCUAUCAACAGGAUCAUACGCACCAAAGUACAGCAACUUUUUAACCUGCCUAUGGAGAGCUGUGUAAAAUCACUGAGCCCAGGACAAACUCUAAUCCCUAGUUCAGCAGUGACGCCCCCUGAGUCUCCUCAUUCAGACUCUCUCGGAUCCCCGUAUUCCAUCAGUGGUUUGUUGGGGAUCACGCAGCCCAGUGCAGAUGGAAAGCGCAAACUUGAUGACAGUGACCAGGAGAGCUGCAGGCUCAGCAUUGACUCCCAAGGCAGUGUGGGCAUCAGCAGGAAACAGUUCCGUACGGAGGCAUAUGGGCACCACCCUUUGGAUGCCCUGGAGUGUCACUUUCAGAGACAACAUUUCCCGGAGUCCUACUCCUCUUCCACUCACAGCAAAACAGAACAGGCUCUAUAUACCCUACCCCUGCUCAAUAAUGCAAUGGAGGAUGGGAAAUCAUCACUGACUUCCACAAACACAACAAUUGGCAGAGACCUCACAACCCACCAGGGAUACUCUUCUCUAUCUGAACGCUCAGCCUUCUCCAUUAAACAUGAGGCUUCUGACAGCUCCAGCGCUAGCUCCACCCCUUCAUCUUUAUGUAGCCCCACCUUCCUGGAUCUGCAGCCAAUCAGCACAGGAUGCUCAGCACCAUCCUUCAGUGUUUUUUCACACCCUGCAUCUGUGUAUGGCCAGUUCACAAGCCAUGUGGCCUCAGGUCGUGAUGUAGUUGGAUCGACAUUGCCAGGAUACCCACCUCACAUACCCAGUGGGCAAGGAAAUUAUGCCUCCUCUGCAAUUGCUGGAAUGGUAGCUGCAGGAGGUGAUUACUCUGGAAAUGCCUACAGCCAUGGGGCUUAUGCAGCGUACGGAGACAGUUGGCGCUUCCCCAGCUCCAGCCUUUUAGGCUCUCCCUAUUACUACAGCUCUGCCACAAGGACUGCACCUCCCCCCACAACGGCAGGAGCUUAUGACCUUCUGUAGCCUUCAUGGAGACUGUUGAGUAGCAUCAUCAACAAAGCAACCAGUCCCUGGGAAAGUGGCUUAAUGGUGGACAGACCUAACCAUGGCAACCCUCCAGUUGCAAAAUCAUAACAAGAACAAUGUAUUCAAUCUCUUUUUUUAUGAACUUCAUGGGGCUAUGGGAGAUAUUCAGCAAAAGAAGAGAUGAUACCUGAAUAGAACACCCAGAACCCCUCCCGCACCAAGUGCUUAUGCCAACUGAGUGUUCUCUAAACAAACAUGAAAUAUGAAUGGAGCUAUGUACAAGGGAAUACAUACAUCUUUGGGUAUAUAACAAAAUAUUCACUAUGCAUUUUAGCUGCAACAUCAACUGGGAAUGAUAAAAAUGAAGAAGCCUCCAUUAUAAAAAUGAAGAAGCCUCCAUUAACUUCACAAUGUGGCAUUUACUUGCUGAUCCCAUGGUUGGUAAUACACAUGGCCAAGGUCAGACUGGAUUGCUAGGGUAGCACAGGAUCUCCUGAUGAACCCCAGCCAAGGACAAUUCCCAUCUGCCCUUUAAUAUUUGCACCACAGGUCUAUAUGACUUGUAUUUAGCACGGUCUUUAUGUAACUUUUGUGAGAGCCAAAGUCAGGUGCUCCUAUGGUCCCUAGGAGGCCCAGUCCGACAUUACAUGUGGGGUUUUCCCGUCUGUUCUACAACAACCUGCAGUGGAUGCUGGGAGAUUAUGCUAACAAUAGGUCAAGAGUAUGUCAUAUAAUACAUGGAUUUUCAACUGCAUUGUUCUGCACAUUCAGCUCAACAAGUGCUGGACCUGGGAGGAAACAUACCAACUGCAGACCAUUUGCCCCCCCCCCCCUUUAAGGCCUAUGCAGUAAUGUCUCAAAUGAAAAAUGGGACAUAAAACACAAAAAAGAAUGUUGGCAGGAAACACUACACAUUGUUUAAAGGUAAUCAACCUGAACUGCCCUUAUUUUACCUUUCUUAUUAAUACAUGGAUGUCCAUUUUUUUGGUUUAAAAGUUUAGUAACAGCCCCUUUUUUUUAAUUAUAUUUAUAUUUAGAGGUGUUGCAGCGAUCCAUCAGCAAAAGCAUCUUCCCCAUUGGUGGAUAAAAAGAAGCAGAAUAGAGAUGUAUGGGUGCUGCUGCUCUCAUUGCAAUGCCCAGUUCUGCAGAGAUUUCAUAAAUGCAACAAUAUUUAUCCUUUAUUGCUGCAGAAGAUUAUUUUAUUGGGUACAAGGAGGGAACAUACAACAGAAAUAAGUAAUGCACAGAUCCCUUCAUUCAGUGGAGUAGCUAGAAGAUACCUUGGCCCCAAAGCAAAAUCAUAUUAGGGCCCACUAAGCUUUGGGCAUAAGAUAUAGUAAUUUUUCCAUGUACCUCGUUAUGAAUUAUCGCCCCACUAAUUUUCUAAAUAAUUUGCUAACAAGCCAUUGCAUUUUAUCUGUCCACUUUUAAAUGGAGGAGACUGAAACCCUUUUUCUUUUUUGAAAGCUGAAUCUUCCCAAAGCUGUCCAAUGGAUAUAAUCAAAGCAUCCCUCCUGGGAAGGGACUAUAUGCUGGGUUUGUAAGGCUGCAGUUAAAGGGAUACUGUCAUGGGAAAACAUUUUUUUUUUAAAUCAAUCAGUUAAUAGUGUUGCUCCAGCAGAAU